AUGGUUCACAAAUUUCCAAGGGGAUUGUCUCCGUUCUACGUUAGAAUCUAUCAGGUCGUUGAUGAUCCUACGACGGAUUCAAUCAUCUCGUGGAGCAAAAGCUACGACAGUUUCAUCAUCUGGAACGUGAGAGAGUUUCGCAGAAAGAUUAUGCCGACAUGUGUUGAAUUUGGUAGAAGCUUCUCAUGGUUUCUCUCCAAGCUUCGUUCUUAUGGCUUUAAAAGAGUUAACGGGGCUGGUCAGUUGGAGUUUGGAAACGAGUACUUUGUCGCAGAUCAACCGGGGCUUUUGAAGUAUAUGAUGAACGAAGCUUUGACGGCUAAACGUAAAGCAAAGAUGGCUAAAGCCAAAGCCAGGAGAGAUCGAGUUCAAGUAGAGGGUCUCUUCAAACACUUACAAAUUUGA